AUGUCUCAUUUUGCACUUCAAUUCUGGUUUAGAUACGCAUUUCCUUGGUGGAGAGAGAAAGAGAUUAUAUCUGAAGAGAGGAGGUCUCAUGGCUUAUGCCCUCUUACGCCGGAAGAAACUGCCUUGAUUUUGCAAGCUUUGGGUUUUCUUCAGGACACACAAAUAUAUAUUGCAUCUGGCGAGAUAUAUGGAAGUGAAAGGAGACUUGCAACACUAAGAGCCGCCUUUCCCAGGAUUGUGAAAAAGGAGAUGCUGCUGGAUUCAAAUGAAUUGCGGCAGUUUCAAAAUCAUUCGUCUCAAAUGGCAGCACUUGAUUUUUUAGUUUCUGUUGCCAGUGAUAUCUUUAUACCCACAUAUGAUGGGAACAUGGCAAGGCUUGUUGAAGGUCAUCGAAGGUAUCUCGGUUUCAAAAAGACUUUCCAACUGGACCGUAGAAAGCUUGUAGAAUUAUUGGAUUUACAUCAGAAUGGAACUCUCUCGUGGGACGAGUUUUCAGCUGCCGUUCGAUUUUCUCACGAGAAAAGAAUGGGGCAGCCGACACCUCGCAUGGUUAUUGCAAACAAACCCAAAGAAGAAGAUUACUUUUAUGCCAAUCCACACGAAUGCUUGUGUGAAGCCACAAACUGUACUGAUGUAUUGGGCCCUGAAAAUUCAACUUUGAUAUAA